GCCGGGAUACAACCCAUGUUGCCGGAUAGUCUGUAAGCUUCUGGUGUUUUCAUCCGUCAUUUGUGCAACCGGAAAAGUCAGAAUUGUUAGCUGAAAGAUAGGAAAAUGGUUUCGAAGCCGAAUAGAAGUAACAAGAAGCAGAGGGAUCUAUCAGAAAAAGUAAAGGCAAUCGAUGCGGAACUGAUGUCCUUUUACGAGUUUUGUGAAAAAAUGGGCUUCACUCAGGAAGAAAUGGACACAAUCUGUUCUCCCCUCAAGGAGGUCAUGUCCAAGCACAGCAUGGCUCGCCUCGCCAAAGGCCUCUUGGCCAUUCUCUUGAUAUUUGGAGUGAUUUAUUGCGCCACCCAUGUUGGGCCUCUGGCUACUCAUACAACAGCAGUUGGAAGGAUUGCCAUGAUAAAGGUGCUUUCGUUCUGGGAUUGGCAACAUCUCUUCCACGAGCAAUGCUUGAUCGAAAAUCCUUUGUACGGAGAAUACGGCUUGACGCACGAAGACUGCAUGACUUGCGAAGCACUAGAUACGAUCCAUGUAAUAAGCCGCACAAGCUACAAGGUCCUUUCUGACAACUAUUUCAACCGUGAAGCUCCGGUCAUCAUUUCGGAUGCUACAGACUCUUGGGAAGUGAUGAACAAUGAUCUUCAUUUCGACAACAUUACUCAGCUUUAUCUUGAUGAUGAGAAGUUGACUGAAUCGGUCCCUUGUGUGCUAACUACGAACCUGAGGCAAGGAGGUCCGGAUCUGAUGUCCUUUCUCAAGAUGAUAUCCAAUUCUUCUAUUAAAAAAUGGUUUGUUCAUUGGCAAAAUUGUGACAUACAUGCUGUGAAAGUAUUGCGAAGAUUUUAUCAGAAACCUUACUUUCUGCCAAAUACUAUUUCGCCAGCUCAUUUCAACUGGGUAUUCAUGUCUUCCGAUUACAGCUCAAGAAAUUACAAAAAGAUAGAACUUGACUUUGGCUUAAUAAUGUUAAUUCAGCUGAGGGGAAAUACAUCAGUAAGACUUCUUCCAUACAGACCAUGCAACGAUUCUUGCUCUGAUCUUUCAGCUACUCUUCAUCAGGGAGAAAUAUUGGUACUAAAAAAUUAUUUAUGGACAUUGGAGUACCUCCCUGGUCAUGGUUUGGACAACAUAGCAAUUUUAACGGAAACCGCGUGGGAUCAGAGUUCAGUUUAACAAGUUUACUCACCAACAAACAAGACAGCAGUGAAAACAACAAAGUUGUCAUAUUAUGUGGAAUCCCCAAAUAAAC